UCCGGCUGGGCUGCUUCCUCCGCCCGUUCCUUUCACACAGACACACUCGCUCAACCCAAAGCACCGACUUCCGGUCUUGUGCGGCUGGGUGGAGGUGGGGGGCAAGGAGGCGCACGCUGCCCCCCUCCCUACCCCCCACCGGCGCAGAGACCCCCCUCCCCUUUCCAUAUAUCCCUCUCCCACCUAAACCUUUUUAUUUUUAAAUUUGUCUCUGAAGGGGGUGAAAGAGAGACACGCCUACAAAGAGAGUCACCCCCUCCUCCCCCCUCCCUUAGCAGCCCCAAGCCCCGCCCCCUGGGGCUAAAGCCCCGCCCCCAGAAGCCCCCACUUCUUAUGCCCCGCCCCUCAGAACUCGCCCCUCCCCACAUAGCCCCCCACUCAAGCCUGGCCACUUUCCCUUUAGCGUUCAUUGGUCAAGCAAAAUCUCCCCCUCCCUCCAGAUUGGGAGCUGAAGGGAUCCUCCCCCCAUAUUAAGUUUUUUUUGGGGGGAAAGGCUUCCCCUCCCCCUCCCCAUCCCAAAAGUGCUCCCCUUAAGAUAGGGACAUUUGCAUCUGAGGUGGUGGUAGGGAUUUUGUAGAGAGUGUCAACCUCUUCCCACCUGCCCCAUAUCUAUUGUCUCUUCCUGUACCUACCCCACAUCUGUCCCCCUUUCCAUUCCCAAUCCACAUCUAUCCAUCCCCCCUCCGAAAUAGGUAAUUGAGGAAAGUCUGGGGGGGUGAGUGGGGCUUCCCCUUCAAUCUCACCCCCACCCAUCCCCCACUUUGGUAAGGCACAGAGAGAGAGAAGGGGGGAGCGAGGGGGUGUCUCGCCCACCCCCACCUGCUAUGGAAAUGCAGAAGGGGAAAGGGGGAGCUGCAGCAGCUGGAGGAGGAGGAGGAGGAGGAGGAGGAGGGAAAUUGCUGAUCUACACCAGCUUGGAUGCCAAGGAGGAGUUAGAGGAGAGGCUCGAAAGAUGCAUGGGCACUGUGACGUCUCUGACCGGCGGGGUCUCAGAGAGGGAAGCCAAUGACGCCCUGAAUGCUCAUGUAUGCAAAGGAGCCCCCCAGCACGAGGAGGUAUGCCUGGGCCUCUUCACCCUGAUCCUCACAGAACCCCCUCAAGCGCAGAAGUGUUACCGGGACCUGGCGCUAGUGAGUCGAGACGGGAUGAACGUCGUGUUGAACAAGAUGAACCAGAUUCUGAUGGAGAGGUACCUGAAGCUGCAGGAUACCUCUCGCACACAGUUGGUUUGGCUGCUCCGAGAGAUGGUGAGGAGCGGGAUACUGGGCAUCGAUGGGAUCUGCAUGACCUUCAUGAAGCAGAUUGCAGGCGGAGAUGUGACGGCGAAGAACAUCUGGUUGGCGGAGAAUAUUCUUGACAUGCUCACUGAGCAGAGGGAGUGGGUGCUGAAGAGCACCAUGCUGAUCGCGAUGUCCGUGUACACCUACCUGCGCCUCAUCGUCGACCACCAUGGCUCCCCGCCGCUGCAAGCCCUGCGGCAGAAGGAAGUGGAGUUCUGCAUCUCUCUGCUCCGGGACCAGUUUAUGGAUUGCUUAAUGAUUGGCCGAGAUCUGGUGAGGCUGCUGCAGAACGUUGCUAGGAUACCUGAGUUUGAGCUGCUCUGGAAGGACAUCAUCCACAAUCCCCAGGCGCUGAGCCCACAGUUCACAGGCGUGUUGCAACUCUUGCAGUCCCGGACUUCACGCAAGUUCUUGGCUUGCCGCCUCACGCCCGACAUGGAGACCAAGCUGCUGUUUAUGACCUCUCGGGUGCGCUUUGGCCAGCAGAAGCGCUACCAGGACUGGUUCCAGCGGCAGUACCUCUCCACCCCGGACAGCCAGUCCCUGCGCUGCGACCUCAUCCGCUACAUCUGCGGGGUGGUCCACCCGUCCAACGAGGUGCUGAGCUCCGACAUCCUGCCUCGCUGGGCCAUCAUUGGGUGGCUACUCACCACCUGCACGUCCAACGUAGCUGCUUCGAACGCCAAGCUGGCCUUGUUCUACGACUGGCUUUUCUUCAGCCCCGAGAAGGACAGCAUCAUGAACAUCGAGCCCGCCAUUCUAGUCAUGCAUCAUUCCAUGAAACCUCAUCCGGCUAUCACCGCCACCCUGCUGGACUUCAUGUGUCGGAUCAUUCCUAAUUUUUAUCCCGCUCUAGAGGUCCAUGUGCGACAAGGCGUCUUCAACUCCCUCACCCACAUUGUGGAGAAGCGAGUCCUGGCGCACCUGGCUCCUCUUUUUGACAACCCAAAGCUGGACAAAGAACUCCGAGCCAUGCUGAGAGAGAAAUUCCCAGAGUUCUGCAGUUCUCCCUCUCCUCCCGUCGAAGUCAAAGUUGAGGAGCCGGUUUCUAUGGAGAUGGACAAUCACAUGUCCGACAAAGAUGACAGUUGCUACGACAAUGCGGAGGCUGCUUUCAGCGAUGACGAAGAGGACCUGAACAGCAAAGGGAAAAAGAGAGAUUUCCGGUUCCAUCCAAUCAAAGAAGCCGUUGUCGAAGAGCCAGUCGACAUCACUCCCUUCCUGGACCAGUUAGAUGAGACGCUGAAGGAUAAAGUCCUCGUCUUGCAGAAGGGCAGCGAUACGGAAGCACAGUGCGAGGUCAUGCAGGAAAUUGUGGACCAAGUCCUGGAGGAGGAUUUUGACCAGGAGCAGCUGUCGGUCCUCGCUUCGUGCUUGCAGGAGCUCUUCAAAGUACACUUCCAGGGCGAGGUUCUCCCAGAAGAAAUUACAGAAGAGUCUCUAGAGGAAUCCGUGGGGAAGCCGCUUUGCCUAAUAUUUAGGAACCUCUGCCAGAUGCAAGAGGACAACAGCAGCUUCUCUGUGCUCCUGGAUCUCUUGUCAGAGCUCUACCAGAAGCAGCCCAAGAUUGGUUACCACCUCCUCUACUACCUAAAAGCCAGCAAAGCAGCGGCUGGGAAGAUGAACCUCUACGAGUCCUUUGCCCAGGCCACGCAGCUGGGCGACCUGCACACCUGCCUGAUGAUGGACAUGAAGGCUUGCCAGGAGGACGACGUCCGGCUCCUUUGCUACCUCACUCCUUCCAUAUACACUGAGUUUCCAGAUGAGACCCUGCGGAGCGGGGAGCUGUUGAACAUGAUUGUGGCCGUCAUUGACUCGGCUCAGCUCCAAGAACUGGUGUGUCACGUCAUGAUGGGAAACUUGGUCAUGUUCCGGAAGGACUCGGUCCUCAACAUUCUGAUUCAGAGCUUGGAGUGGGAGACGUUUGAGCAAUACUGCACGUGGCAACUCUUCCUGGCCCACAACAUCCCCCUGGAGACCAUCAUCCCCAUCCUGCAGCACCUCAAGUAUAAAGACCACCCCGAGGCCCUUUCCUGCUUAUUGCUCCAGCUGCGACGGGAGAAGCCAAGCGAAGACAUGGUGAAGAUGGUGCUGAGCCGGCCGUGCCACCCGGACGACCAGUUCACCACCAGCAUCCUCCGGCACUGGUGCAUCAAACACGACGACCUCUUGGCGGAGCACAUCAAGUCCCUCCUGAUCAAGAACAACAGCCUGCCCCGAAAACGCCAAAGCCUGCGCAGUUCCAGCAGCAAACUCGCCCAGCUGACCUUGGAGCAGAUCCUGGAACAUCUGGACAACUUGCGCUUGAACCUCACCAACACCAAACAGAACUUUUUCAGCCAAACCCCGAUCCUUCAGGCCCUUCAACACGUCCAGGCCAGCUGUGACGAAGCUCACAAGAUGAAGUUCAGCGACCUCUUCUCCCUGGCCGAAGAGUACGAAGACUCCUCCAGCAAGCCUCCAAAGAGCCGCCGGAAAGCCACCAUCUCCAGUCCCCGCAGCCGGAAGAAUGCGGCUCAACCAGCCAACAACGAAGAUGAGUCCGCCUCCAGCAGCGCCUCUGAGGAGGAAGACACAAAACCCAAACCAACGAAGCGGAAGCGAAAAGGCUCUUCGGCAGUGGGCUCGGACAGUGACUGAGGAAGGGGGGCGGGGGGCUUUGGCAGUGCAGCGUGCCCUCCCGCCCCCCAGUCUGUCCCGUUGCUAGUGGCUCCCGGGGGUGACCACAGCGGCGGCAGAACGCUGAUCCAGAGCAGCUGGACGGAGUGGCCAUCCACAGCAAGGACAGUUCUCCAGAGAGAUGCGUUGGCGGGACGUUGAAUGCUCAGACACCCCCUUUCCCAAGCCCCAGCACCACCUAUGCCUCUGCCCCCCCUCCCUGUAUCUGCGAUCCAUGCCCCACCCCCAGGCAUCGCCGUCCAUCCUUGGCCUGUCCACCGUUUUCUACAGCGGCAGCAAGAGAAAAGGCGGUUUUCCUUCUCGUGCCUGUCCACGCAGGUGAUCUCGAUGACGUGGGCCAUCUCAUCCAGGAGGAGCUAUGUGGGGAAGCAAUGCAGGGCCAGAGAGAGACUGUAUCUGAGUCUGCCACCCCUCUCUGCUCCGAAAUGUAAAUAAAUGGUGUGAACCAGCAUGAUAGCUCCCAUUAGUGCUUCCUGCGAGGGAGAGCCGGGAAUCAGGCUGAGGUUGGGGAGUGGACAUGUGAGGAGGGGGCUUAUCUUGUGGGGGGAGGGCUGCCUUGUCGGGUGUGACUUGUUCCUCACAUCCCUGUUUUUUUCCACCGCACCAAAUACCCUUCCCCCCAAAAAAACUUGUCAUGUGUUUGAUCUCCGCAAAGAUCUUUGCCGUUUUCUCCUUGCAGAGAACAUUCUGGUUAAUUACCCCAAAUCCUCCAUUGCUCCUUCCCAUCCCACUCCCUAGGUGUGCGUGGGAGGGGGGAGGGAAGGGCUCUGCUAUAUGUGGCCUCCUUGCCCCUCCCCAUCCAACAUCAGCCGGAGAAGUCUUGGUGCCCUGUUCCCGUCGCGGUCGUCUCCCCCCCCCAUACAACCACCACUAGGCCAUCGGCACAAAGGGACCCCGAAGUCCUCCUGGCCAGCUUUGAGAAGCGGCUUCUCUUCCCGUAAUGCCCUCUCUUUUGUAGGGGGGAAGAAGUGGGAAAGGGUGGAGAGGAACAGCUGACCCAGCGACACGCAAGCGAGAUGAGAUGGUAGUUAUAUUUUUAAUUCCCCGCCUACCCACCGAGAGAUUAUCAUUUUUAAGUGGUUUUUAAAAGAGACAAUAAAAACUG